UCUAGUAACACUGUGUGGUUUUGGACACUAUAAAUUGCACACAGAUUGAGUUUUUGUUAUUGAGUUGCAUAAUGAUGGAUAGAUUCAUGAGAGUUAUAGCAUUUCUAGUUCUUGUGAUUCUCACCAUAGCAACCAUUAAUCGUAGCUCUUGCAAUGGUGAUGUGGUUUGCAUUAAUAGUGAGAAACAAGCUCUUCUAAGCUUCAAGCAAGAGCUCAAAGACCCUUCAAACAGGCUCUCCUCUUGGGAUGUUGAAGAUGAUUGUUGCAAAUGGGCAGGGGUGGUUUGUGACAAGUUAAAUGGCCAUGUAAUUGAGCUCCACCUUCAAAAUCCCAACUCUACAACUCCGGUGGUUGGCAAAGUUCAUCAGAGCUCGGCCUUGGGUGGCAAAAUAGAUCCUUCUUUGAUCAAUUUGACGCGCCUGAAUUACCUCGAUUUAAGUCAAAAUGAUUUUGGAGGAAUUCAUAUCCCACGGUUCAUCGGAAGCUUGGCAAACCUACACUAUCUUUCUUUAUCCGGGGCAGGAUUUGGAGGAACGAUCCCCCACCAGCUCGGAAACCUGUCAAGUUUACGCUUUCUAAGUCUAAGUGGUGGUGGUUCAUACCCUGGUGUCAAAUUAAGUGUUGUUAACCUUCAAUGGCUUUCUGGUCUUUCCCGUUUGGAGCGCCUCGACUUCAGUCAAGUGAACCUCAAGAAAGCAUCCCAUGAUUGGCUACAGGUGAUUAACAUGCUUCCUUCCUUGGUAGAGUUAAAUAUGUCAUCUUGUGAACUUCAUCGCGUUCCUCCUCAACUUCGUCAUGUGAAUUUCUCAUCACUUACUCUGCUAGAUCUUUCUAAAAAUGACUUCAACUCCUUAAUACCUGGGUGGAUAUCGAGUCUCCGUAGUCUCGUUUCGCUUCAUCUUAGUUCUUGUGGUUUUGGAGGUCUUUUCCUGAUGGUUUUUGCAACUUGA